CAUGGCGGCCAGGGAAAGGACGUGGACGUUUCAACUGAAUAUAAACACUUGCAACACCAUAAUAAAAACAGUUUCAGCGGACUAAACUACUCGAAACAAUAACAUGGCACAAUACAAUCAGGUUCACGUUGCUGAAGGGAAAGGGACAAUUUUGAUUUACCUUCAAUGUUAUUUUGUAACAAUAGCGACUAUUUUAGGAACCGGUAUUUUAGGACUUCCAGUGACACUAACUAAAGCUGGUCUGUACCCAUUCCUCGUCUCCUUCCUCUUUGGAGCAUGUAUGCAGGCUUUGUUGAUUUACUUCUUCACAGAACUACUACAGCUGGCACAUGCAGCACAACAACAAAUUGGCAAGGAGGAGUUAGUUCCCUUGAAUGAACUAAUGGAUGACACUGGUUACCUUGCCUCUGAUGAAGACCAAGAGAGUGAUGUGGAUGACAAUAGUAAAAUAGUUGAGAGGAAAUCAACAAAGAAGCAGAAAGCAGCUGGGGUUUUUGAGGAUGGAGUGAAGCCCCCAAAUCUUCACCUGCUCGGCACACUGUUUCUAGGCUGUGGCUGGAGACAAGUGUUUGAUAUCCUCCUGGUCCUACAGUUUAUUGCUCUCCUGAUCAGUUAUGCCUUGGCUGGAAGUGAGGCGUAUGCUGAACUUUUAGGUGUAAAAUAUAUUUAUGUGAUCCCCGUAUUUGUGUGGGUUCUCACACUCGCAAUCGUCUUUGCCAUGAGAUUUAUCCAGCCAGUCGUCUCCGUGUUCACCUUCUUCAAAGGAUCUCUCCUACUGGGAACUGUGAUAUUUACUUUUUAUGUCGGGUCAGAGGUCAACAGAGAAAUUCACAAUGACUUCAGAUCAAUUGGAGCCCCGUUCCUGAUGGGCACCGUUGCCCUGGGGGGCGUGAUAAACACUAUGCCAUUGAUGUACAGUAAAAUCAGUCCUGUACCCAAUCAGGUGAAGUAUUUCCGCCUAUCUGUGAUUUCUGGUUUAUUGACAUGUACAGUGUUAAAUGUGUUAUGGUGCUGGGCAGUGCUGGACAUUGUCCCUCAAUUAGCUGUUUCACCUUGUAGUACAAAUGAGACAUUGUCUGUACAGCGACAGUUGCUGGAUAAUAGCCAGAACUGCAAAAACUCUAUAUCACUGGAAAGAUCUGCAGCGGUUGGAGAAAUCUCAACUAUACCCCUGACCAAAAUAAUAGAGGAGAAAUACCCCUCCUUUUACUAUGUGGCUAUACUGGUAGAGAUCUUUAUAGUGGUCAGUAUAACCGUCUCAUUCCUGACUAUUGGUGCAGUUCUACAUCACACAUUACAGGGCUGGGUAGACUCAGUUUAUGUGAGGAAGCAGUCAGCCUACGGUGGAAGUACUAAGUCUGUGACUGGCUGUUGUACCCAGCAUUUCUGGUGUCAUUCUGCCCUGUCUCUGACAAUUUUUGGGAUAGUUUUUACAGUAGCCAUGCUGGACCCUCAGGGGUUUGUAGACAUGCUGGAGAAAUUUUCAUCAUUCACUCUUAAUUUGGAAGCUAGUGUGUUCGUGUUUUUAAUGUUAUUACGAGCCCAGAGGAAAAAUAACAAAAGAUUUCUAAAAAUUCCACUGCCUAUUCCUAACUCAUUACGGUGGUUGCAGUUCUUUAUCCCUCUGUACUUCGGGUUUGCAGUGAUAUAUGACUUGUACAACACUGUGCGGGACAUUGUGUCUGGGGAGGAUGACCUGUCGGUCACGUUAGUGACUACAAUAUAUAACCAAUCACUAACGACCAUGCUGCCUUAUGUUAAUACAUCUGUGUAACAGGCUCUAGGUCAACGUUUAACAGAUGUUCUUUAACUGUUAACAUUCUGUUGUUUCAUUUUGUUCUGAAUAGAUUCGUUUGAGUUAAGGGAACAUCUUAAGCUAAAGAAAGUUUCAAAAGCCUAAGAUGCAAGGAACUGAUUUGAAAAUUAAUAUAAAAAACAGAGAAAAAGCUAAUUAUGUUCCAUAUGGUGUGUGUGCGUUUGAGUGGGGUGAUUUGGAAUACUAAAGUGUGACUAUUUCGGUUAUGAGAAUGACUGAGUAUGAGUACGAUUAUUGGGUAGUAUACAUGUGAGAAUUUUCAAUAUGGUGAUUCUUUUUUAAAAAUAACAUGAAAAUUCGGAGUGUGAUUAUUUUGAGCACGCGUACCUGUAAUAAGGAUGAUUGAAAUGUUUCCUUACACUAAUCUUAAGUAUAAUCCUGUAUAAUGUUUAAAAGUAUUUUGUUACUAAUGGAAUGUAUUUGGCAUACGUCUGUGAAUAAGCCCACCAGCAUCAGUUAUCAGUCCUGUCAAGUGAUUUUAAGGAACCUUCAAUGAUUUUCAUAUUAAAAUACGUUUAUGAUGAACAUAUGUUUUGGAACAAAAAUCGGUUAAAAUGACGUCACCUGAAAAGAGUUGAAGUAGUUUUAUACCAAAUCAGAGAGAGAGAAAAUAUUCAUGUGCAAUGGUCCAUUUUUCUCUUGUUUUUCGUACAUUUAAGACCCAUCAAUAUUUUGGUCAACCUUAUUCACUUCAGGAGAAGGGAAUUCAUUUGCAGUAAAAUACGAUAAUGUACAGGGAACACAGUAAUACAGUUAUAUCUAAAACUUUUAAUACAUACAUGUACCGGGGACUGGCUAUUAUUGUAAAUAUCUGGUUGUUAUGUUUGUUUAGUUUAUAAAGAUAUGAACACAGAGACAUGUAACAUGCUGUAUAACUGAAUAUUAAUCAAAUCCAUUACCUAUAUCUCGGGCACAGAUUUUGUAACAUUCCAACCUCGGCUUAUGCCUCGGUUGGGAUUAUGUUCCAGAAUCUUACCCUCGAUUGAGAUAUAUCUCGAUCUCGCUCAGUUACGGGUAUUUGAUUUUUUUUCUCGCACUCUCACCUCUUAGUUCGAAAAACUAUUGAAUUUCGGUAAUUUCAUUAAAAACAAUACAUAUAUCAACAAAACAGAACCAAAGAAAUGUACGCGUGUAGCCCCUGCAUCAGCGCACUGAUGGAUAUAUCGCUGUGUGAAAAUUCCACAAAAUGUCACAUAAAGAUAUCAGAAAGUAGAGAGAUCGAACGAGAUGGAAACAAAUCCCACUGAGUAUCACUUGGGGUAUCUCUGUCUGAGUUGCGACAAAUAUAUAUCUUCAGUUAUGUAGUCCGUUUACAGGUGAUAUAUGUAUGUGGUUAUAAUGGGUAGAUUACUAAUUUACCCAUGAUCAAAUGUACGUGUAGUUACCACCUCAGAUUCUAGACAAAAAUAUAAAAAAAAAAAACAGGCGGAUCCAAGCGGCGUCACCAGCGCACGUGUCACUCUCCUGCCCUUGACUGAUUUUUUUAGUGCUCAUAUAUAUAUAUAUAUAUAUUCAAUGAUUUUUUACUUCUUUAACUGGCGAUUAUAGUUGUGUAUUAGUGUCCAAGCAACACCCUCCCACCGCACUACCACAGUUUGAAACUCCGUGCCGACACACUCCAGCAUCAAUGAACUAAAUAGGUGGUUAUAUUUAAUAAUAAAGAAAAGAACUACAUAUAAGUCGGUAAUAUGUAAGUAUUUUAUCUUUGAACAAAUGUAGUUUAUAUUGUUGAUUCAAUAAAAUAUAGGAGUCUGAAAUUCGUACGGAAUGGUUACCCCACCCUCAUUCACUGUUUAGGAUUUUACAGCAGUUUGUACAGAUCAUCACUGUAGUAAUAGAGCGAUACACCCAAUCGGUCGUGCAGGAUUAUCAAGGGUAUCACGGAGCGUGUGUGCAUCAAAUUUAAAUUUAAUACAUUAAAAUAAAACAAAACUUAUAAUUACAUAACCUUCAAACUUGUACCUCAUUGUUCAGAUACUUAUACAUAUCUACAAGCUUUAACGGAGGCACCGUAGUCUAGUGGUAGGACGCCGGGCUCGUGACCGAAGGGUCGCGGGUUCCAGUCACGGCACG